UUCUUUUACUAGUAGCAAGGCAUGUUACCAGCUGCAACCAUGUCUAAUUCAACUUCUUUGUCUGAAGAAGCUAGUGUUUCUUCUGGUAAUAAUAGGUUUCAUGAUUUAAGUAGUUUGAAUCCCAUAUUCUCAACCCUUUCUCCUCAGCAACAACAAAAGAUUAAAAAGAAGAGAAAUCUCCCUGGUAACCCUGAUCCAGAUGCUGAAGUGAUUGCUCUAUCCCCAAAAACUCUAUUGGCCACUAACAGAUUUGUGUGUGAGAUCUGCAAGAAAGGUUUCCAAAGGGAUCAGAACCUUCAACUUCACAGAAGAGGUCAUAACCUCCCAUGGAAACUAAGGCAGAGAACCAGUAAAGAAAUAAGAAAGAGAGUUUAUGUGUGCCCAGAAACCUCAUGUGUCCAUCAUCACCCUUCAAGGGCUCUUGGUGACCUGACAGGAAUCAAAAAGCAUUUCUGUAGAAAGCAUGGGGAGAAGAAAUGGAAGUGUGAGAAAUGUUCAAAGAGAUAUGCAGUUCAAUCAGAUUGCAAAGCUCAUUCAAAAACCUGUGGAACAAGAGAAUAUAAGUGUGACUGUGGAACCCUUUUCUCCAGGAAAGACAGCUUCAUCACUCACAGGGCCUUCUGUGAUGCCUUAGCAGAAGAGAGUGCAAGACUAUCCACAAACCCAAACCCAAACCCAAACCCGAGGGACCACCACUCUCUUCAUCUCCACCCUCAAAACCCUGCAACUCCUCUCUUCCCUCCCUUCUCAUAUUCAACUCAGCAAAGGCAUCAGCAGCAGCAGCAGCAGCAGCAGAUGAUGAUGAUGAUGAUGACCAAUCCUUCCCCUCCUACUGGCGUCUCCCUCAAUUCAUGGGACCCACAUCAAAUCAAAGAUGAAAUCCAUCACCCUGAUCAUAAUCAUCAUUAUCAUCAGAUCCCAAGAAUCUCAGCCUCUCCUUUCUUGCAAGAAGGUGAAAUCCCUAAACAGAUGAUGAUCACGUCACCGUUUCAGCAGCUCAAUAUGAACACUUGCACUCCCCACACUACUAACAACAUAGGUCGUCCUCCUCAUAUGUCAGCUACUGCACUCCUUCAAAAGGCUGCAAAUGUUGGUGCAGCUGCCAUUACAGUUGCUGCACAAGCUCAAUCAGUGGGUCACAUGGCGUCUUCCAUUACUAAUCGGUUCAAGAUGGAUGGGUUCAACACAGCAGCAGUAGGUAGUCACAUGGGUGGUGCUGGAAUCUCGCCGGAGUUUGCGUCAGGAAAUCUUGCAACGUGGCGGAAAAGUGAUCGUCUGACCAGAGACUUUCUGGGUCUGGCAGGAGAGUGUUGUGGUGGUGGUGGCGGUGGCGGUGGCGACUGCGGUGGCGGAGAUGAAGUACUCAUGAAUGUUAAUGUUGACGUUAGAGAUGAUGUUUUAUCGUUCGAUGGGGGAGUUGAGUAUCCACCAUAUUACCAUGACGAGUCAUUGUUGAAGACUUCUUCUACCUCUGGCUUUGGAUUUGCUGAGCAUUCCUCGGAGAGCGAAGCGUGGGGAGACUGUUAAAGCUUCAAGCCUUCAUCCGAUCGGCGACUGUAGAAGAAGUGAUGACUUGAGGAUAUUAGAAGAGAAGUUUUUUUUCUUUUUUUUUUC